GACGCUUCUUUCUGGCGCGCCCAGCCCUCGGCGCAUGCGCAAGGCCAGCACCCUCGCGGGUCUUGAUCUCCGCUCUGCCCCGCUCUACCUUCUCCUCUUCCUUUUUCGGACCGGCGUUCUUUGGGAGCCGCUUCCGGGGUGCCUAGACCGGUUCCGGAGUGACCGGUGCCUGCUUUCCCUCUCUCUUCCCAACGCUCUUUACAGACGCCAUUUACAGGCCCGUGGCUUGUAGUGGGACCUCCCCCCACCAGCUCCGUCACGGAAACCGCGCGUAGCGCUGCGCCCCAAGAGCCAAUCAGCAGCCGCCUUAGGCAACCAUGUCUGAGUCAGGCCAUAGUCAGCCUGGGCUCUAUGGGAUAGAGAGGCGGCGACGCUGGAAGGAGCCUGGCCCCGGCGGCCCCCAGAACCUCUCCGGGCCCGGUGGUCGGGAGAGGGACUACAUUGCCCCGUGGGAGAGAGAGAGACGGGAUGGCAGCGAAGAGACCAGCACCGCCGUCAUGCAGAAAACCCCCAUCAUCCUCUCAAAGCCUCCAGCAGAGCGGUCUAAGCAGCCACCGCCCCCAGCAGCCCCAGCCGCCCCACCUGCCCCAGCCCCUCUCGAGAAGCCCAUCGUCCUCAUGAAACCACGGGAAGAGGGGAAGGGGCCUGCGGCUGCCACAACCGCCUCCACCCCCGAGGGCGCUGCCCCGGCACCCCCGGCGGCCCCCGCACCGCCCAAGGGAGAGAAGGAGGGACAGAGACCCACGCAGCCUGUGUACCAGAUCCAGAACCGGGGCAUGGGCACUGCCGCGCCGGCCGCCAUGGACCCUGUCGUGGGCCAGGCCAAACUGCUGCCCCCAGAGCGCAUGAAGCACAGCAUCAAGUUGGUAGAUGACCAGAUGAAUUGGUGUGACAGCGCCAUCGAGUACCUGUUGGAUCAGACUGAUGUGCUGGUGGUUGGUGUCCUAGGCCUUCAGGGGACGGGCAAGUCCAUGGUCAUGUCAUUGUUGUCAGCCAACACUCCUGAGGAGGACCAGAGGGCAUACGUCUUCCGGGCCCAGAGUGCCGAAAUGAAGGAACGAGGGGGCAACCAGACCAGUGGCAUCGACUUCUUUAUCACCCAAGAGCGGAUCGUUUUCCUGGACACACAGCCCAUCCUGAGCCCCUCCAUCCUGGACCACCUUAUCAACAAUGACCGCAAGCUGCCUCCGGAGUACAACCUGCCCCACACCUACGUAGAGAUGCAGUCGCUCCAGAUCGCGGCCUUCCUCUUCACCGUCUGCCACGUGGUGAUCGUUGUCCAGGACUGGUUCACAGACCUCAGUUUAUACAGGUUCCUCCAGACUGCAGAGAUGGUGAAGCCCUCUACCCCGUCCCCCAGCCACGAGUCCAGCAGUUCCUCAGGCUCCGACGAAGGCACUGAGUACUACCCCCACCUGGGAUCCACAUCCGCCCAUUUCUCUGUCCCCGGCAUCUCCAGCACAGACUCAGGGAGUGAGUGUGGAGUCUUCCUGCAGAACAAAGCUCGCCGGGAGGACUUCUGUCCUCGCAAGCUGCGCCAGAUGCACCUGAUGAUUGACCAGCUCAUGGCUCACUCCCACUUGCGUUACAAGGGUACUCUGUCCAUGUUACAGUGCAACGUCUUCCCCGGGCUCCCACCCGACUUCCUGGACUCCGAGGUCAACUUGUUCCUGGUGCCCUUCAUGGACAGCGAAGCAGAGAGUGAAAACCCACCCCGAGCAGGACCUGGUUCCAGCCCGCUCUUCUCCCUGCUCCCUGGGUACCGUGGCCACCCCAGUUUCCAGUCCCUGGUGAGCAAGCUCCGGAGCCAGGUGAUGUCCAUGGCCCGGCCACAGCUGUCACACACCAUCCUCACGGAGAAGAACUGGUUCCACUACGCUGCCCGGAUCUGGGACGGCGUGAAGAAGUCCUCUGCCCUGGCGGAGUACAGCCGCCUGCUGGCCUGAGGCCGAGGGGAGGAACGGCACGCAGAGAGAGAGCCCCCUGCCGGGUCCCCACGGACGGAGAGGGGCACACAGUGAGUGGCGGCAGGCCUGAUGAUGAGGGACUGCGACAUCCCGGAGACGUGAGGCGUCCAGGGCCAGGCCCCGCCCCCCUCAGCGGAGUGUUGUUCAGGGGGCGACGCUGGGACCCCACCCCACCCGGGCCAGGGCGGCCAUCCUCAGUCCCCGCAGGGACAGGCAGUGGGAGUAGUCCGAGUGGUCACCGAGGACCCAGGUUCCGUCUUGACCUCCUCGGCAGGGACAGGAGCCGCGGGUCCCGCCCCUGGACUCUGAGCCCUCUCCUGUGAGGGGUGGCAGGGUCUGGGGGGGCCCGUCGUUGGGGCAGGUCUGGGGGUUCGAAUAAAGAGUCACGUGAGCCUGUU